CGCCACUGCCGUAGCACUAUUUUGAAAAAAAAAUUCUGCAGGGAACCAAGGAGCAACAUAUACCAAAGAGAUGAAACCCCGUGGCGGGCACUCACCCCACAUUAUGCACGACCACGAACGACGUUCACAGCUAAACAGAGGAUUGCACGAAGAUGGACGUGGGUAGCUUCUCUCAGUGGUGCACGGCGCUGCUGCUGGGAAUUGCCGUCUAUCUGCUCAUCACUUACCUGACGAGGAAACCUGCAGGCUCGCCUCCCGGUCCGCGCGGACUGCCCGUUGUUGGCAGCCUGCUACAACUCAGCCGGACAAACCCGCUCGUCACCCUCACGGAACUCGGGGAGAAAUAUGGACCGAUAUUCAGUAUGUACUUCGGUCCACGCUUCGCUGUAGUUCUGAACAGCUAUGAAUUGAUCAAGGAAGCGUUUCUGACGCAGGGAGAGAUGUUUUCCGGUCGUGCUCAUCCAUUCAUCAUCAAGACCCUGAUGUCUGAUAAGAAGGGAACCAUACACGGAAUUCUGGAGUCAGAAGGGGCACAUUGGAAGGAGCAAAGAAAGUUCGCUUUAACAGGAUUGCGUGAUUUCGGAAUGGGAAAAAUGUCGAUGGAGGGGAAAAUCCUGGAAGAGGUGGAAGUAUUCCUUCACGAAAUCAAGAACCAGGCCGGCCGGGCGUUCAACUAUCACCAUCUAUUCGGCAAUGCCGUUUCGAACGUCAUCUGCAACAUUGUAUUCGGUUCGCGAUUCGAAUACGACCACGCCGAUUUCAAGGAGCUCCUGGAGCUUCUCAAUGCCAAUAUCAGGCAGGCCGCAAACACGGAGAUCCUCAAUUACCUGCCGUGGAUCCGAUUUUUCCCCGGAGCCGGACGCGAACAGUACCUCGGAUUUCGGACGCGGUUUGACAAGCUCAUCUCAUGGGCGAAGCAGCGUGUCGCCGAGCACGAGAAGUCGUUCGAUCGCGACAACAUACGCGAUUUCGUUGAUCUGUACAUGAAGCAGAUCGACGACAUGGCUGACAAUAAGAACACGACCUUCACGAUCGACGAGGCUCCCUACAUCAUCAUUAACCUGUUUGCCGCUGGCACGGAGACGACAGCGACGACGCUGCGAUGGGGCCUGCUCUACAUGACGCACUACCCUCACGUCGCCAGGAAAGUGCAGGAGGAAAUCGACGCGGUGAUAGGCAGAGGUCGACUGCCCUCCAUCAAGGACAAACCCAACAUGCCCUACACUGAGGCCACCAUCUUGGAGCUGCAGCGACUAUCUAACGUGGUCCCUUUGGCGAUUCCGCAUGCUACUCAAAAGAAGGGGACAUUAGCAGGAUACGAGAUUCCUAAUGGCACCAUGGUUCUUCCAAACCUCUAUGCCGUGCACAUGGAUCCGAAACGGUUCCCGGAUCCGGAUGUAAUGAAACCAGAACGAUUCCUGGACGAAAAUGGAAAACUAACCAAUACUGAGCGCCUCAUUCCGUUCUCGAUCGGAUGGCGAGUUUGUCUCGGUGAAAUGCUCGCUAAGAUGGAAUUGUUUUUGUUCUUCACUGCUAUAUUGCAAAAUUUCGAUGUUCUGCCGCCAGAGGGAGACAAGCUGGUGCCGCUGACACCCAUCAUUGGCCUUACGUGUUCACCGGUAUCCCACAGUACUCGGCUAGUACUACGCGCUUAAGCAAUCUGUGACGUGAAGACUGUACGUGGUCUCAAUGAGCUUGUUAUAAUAAUUAACGGGUUGCAUGCGCAUAUUUAAUUAAACCGAAUGAACUCGCCGUCUCUCGGUAACAAAUGAUAAAAAAUCGAAAUAUAUCUCGUUGAAAGUACGUUGAUGUACGUAGACGUUUACGAAAUAAAUAGUUAACAAAGGCAGGCCUAGUGUCGACGAACUCACGAUAGAGAUGUUUUCGUAGAACCAAUUAACUAGAAUAAUACUCAUUCGACGGCUCAUAAAAUAUUUAGGCAGGUAUCACAAGUGAUUGUAAUAACUUCGCAGCAAACCCGGCUGCGCUACUAUUGGUCAGGAAAAGACGGCUUUCACAAACAUCGCUAGUUUAGCCUAGGGAACCCCCAGCGUAAUAUAUUCACGAAUCUUUCCUAGCUAAAUACAAUUUAUGUUAUCUGUCCGCUUCUAUAUCUGAUAUUAGAUUAGCAUUUAUAUAUAUAGCUGUAAUAAUAGUUGUAAUUAUAUGUGUGCUUGCGUUAUAUUCAUUUUGUAGAGUUUUGUUUUGCAGGGUUUCGUUUGACAGGGUGUAAUUUAUAAGGCUAUUGUGAGUACAUAGAAAUGCCUGUUUCCGCUCUGUGAUGUUUAACGGUAGACUUGGUUGUACCGGGUUUGCUAACAGCUACUGUCAGUGACGGUUCCGGGCGCUCGUGCAUGCAUAAUACAUGGAUAGACCUAUUGUUACUGUUUGAUCGAUCCACUCAGUGCGCCUAUUACUGCCGGUGUUAGUGCACCGAUUAUUGCGACCUUACACCAUUAGUUUUAGCAUGGACACAUCUGCACGCUUGUAGAUAAAUACAUCAUAUAUAUAUAUAUAUAUAUAUCAACGAUAGAUAUAUUCACAUAGAUAUGUUCAGAAAUAACUAUAAACCAAAUUUGCGUUUAAUCACUUCUGAUAUGUUGUAUAGGCUGUAUAAUUAUGUUUUAAUGUAGUACGUGUGUUACGCGAUAAAUACCAUUGCUGCAUGAUGAAAUAAAAACGAAUGAAAAAUGCUA